UUCUUGUAAAAGCAACAAAAGAAUAUCUUCAAUGGAGGUAAAGACACAGACCACAUGUUCAACCCAAUCUCAAAACUUUGAAAACAUUUAUUAAACUCACUCAUACAUUAAUAUAUAUAUGUAUAUAUAUGUAUGUAUAGAUAGAUAGAUAGAUAGAUACAACAACAACGAGGAGCUUCGAACUGUCUCACAAUCACAACAAACAAUUGAUUUCCUUGACAAGCAAGCUUCGAGGUUUCUUAACCCACAGGCAAUCGAUUGCUUCACCUCCAACCCAAAAACUCAUCCACAUCACCAUCAUCAUCAUCGUUUCUCAUCAACCCAAAACAAGCCCUAAUUUGAUCCUGUUUUGAGUCUGAUCAUUGGAAUAUCUAUCUCAUCUGAAUUGAUCGAUUCUGAUGAGUCACGAUUUGGCAGCUCCGCCGACUUCGCUGGCGCCGGGAUUUCGGUUCCAUCCGACGGACGAGGAGUUGGUUCAGUACUACCUCAAGCGCAAGGCUUGUUCCAAGCCCUUCCGAUUCGAAGCUGUCUCCGAAAUCGAUGUCUACAAAUCUGAGCCCUGGGAACUUGCAGGUCUUUCAAGGCUAAAGAGCCGAGACCUAGAGUGGUACUUCUUUAGCCCUGUAGAUAGAAAGUAUGGUAAUGGUUCUCGGUUGAAUCGUGCAACUGGUAGAGGGUACUGGAAGGCAACUGGAAAGGAUCGGUCUGUACGUCAUAAGGGUCAGACGAUUGGGAUGAAAAAAACACUCGUGUUUCAUAGCGGGCGAGCUCCUGACGGGAAGCGGACCAAUUGGGUCAUGCAUGAGUACAGGCUUGUUGAUGAAGAUUUGGAGAGAGCUGGAGUGGCACAGGAUGCAUUUGUGCUGUGCAGAAUUUUUCAAAAAAGUGGUUUAGGACCUCCAAAUGGGGACCGAUAUGCUCCAUUCAUUGAGGAGGAAUGGGACAAUGAUGUGUCAAUGGUCGUCCCGGGAGAAGAGGCUGGGGAUGAGAUGGUAAAUGGUGAUGAUGCAAAUGUGGAAGGGAAUAAGCUUGAGCAGGAUACUCAUUCCAUCAAGGCCCCUCUGCAUCUAGCUGAGCUUCCAAAUGCUUCUCAAAACAUUUCGCUUGUUUGCAAGAGGGAAAGGUCCGACGAUUGUCCUUUUCCCUGUAUGGAUAAUUCAGAACCCGUCUCUUUGGUCCAGAAUAAAAUGUCAAAGCAUAAUGAUCCGAAUUCUAGCCAGGCAAAUGGUUCGGAAGAUUCAACUACCACCACACAGGAUCUUUUUGUAUCUACAACAACAGCAACAACCACUACAACAAAUUGUUCCUCAGCACUCUUAGAAUUCCCGUUGUUUGAAUCUAUUGAACCCAAGGAAAAUCAUCCAAAUAACACACUUACAUUUGAUGCUGCUAAUCUUGAGAAAUCUGUGCCUCCCGGCUAUCUGAAAUUCAUCAGCAAUUUGGAAACUGAGAUCCUUAACGUUUCCAUGGAGAGGGAGACGUUGAAGAUUGAAGUGAUGAGGGCCCAAGCCAUGAUUAACAUUCUUCAAACGCGUAUUGAUCUUCUGAACAAGGAAAAUGAGGACUUGAGAAGGGUUGUUCCCGAUGUGUAGUUACUCCCGGCUAUUAUGUAUUUUUUUUUUUUUUUUUGUAAAGGGGGGGGGGGGGUAGUUGUUAGCCUUAGCCAUGAUCGACUUUCUUCAUACCCUUAUUGAUCUUCUGAAGAAGGAAAUCAAAGGCUUAAAAAAGGGCUGCUUGAAAUGUCCUAGCUAUUUAUGGAACUCAUGUAAUCUAAAAUUGUAGUUCUUUCUUGUAAUCUGAAUCCUGAACGGAUUGUUAAGUUUGUUUGAAUAAAAUGCUGUGCUUUUUGAUCUUGA